UACAUUUCCAUAGACAGAGGAAAGUGCAUCAUGUUGGACUGAUGUAAUAUUAUGAGUCCCACCAGCGUGCUGCCUAUAUAAGCAUGGCGCACGUAGUCAUGGAAUUGUGCAAAGCGGCUCGCAGGGAGAAGGAAGUCUCUUCAGCUUCAUUUUUGCCACUGACUUGAAACUGCUCAAACUGGGAACGCCAUGGGAGGAGUAGUGGUGGACGACGGACCUCCUGGGGUGAAGGCACCAGAUGGCGGAUGGGGCUGGGCGGUGUUGGUCGGCUGCUUUGUCAUCACAGGAUUCUCCUACGCGUUCCCCAAGGCUGUCAGCGUCUUCUUCAAGGAGCUGAUAAAAGAGUUCCAUGUUGGCUACAGUGACACGGCCUGGAUAUCAUCCAUCCUGCUGGCCAUGCUCUACGGCACAGGUCCUCUCUGCAGUGUGUUGGUGAACAAGUUUGGCUGUCGACCUGUGAUGAUGGUUGGAGGGAUUUUCGCCUCACUGGGAAUGAUUCUGGCUUCUUUUGCAACCAGCAUUGUACACAUCUACCUUUGCGUUGGAGUUAUUACAGGUUUGGGCCUCUCAUUGAACUUCCAGCCAUCCCUAAUAAUGCUCAAUCGCUACUUCAGCGUGAAGCGACCUUUGGCCAACGGCCUGGCAGCGGCAGGCAGCCCUGUGGCUCUGUGUUCUCUCUCCCCACUGGGACAAGUUCUUCAGUACCAUUAUGGCUGGAGGGGUGGCUUUCUCAUCCUGGGAGGAAUACUUCUCAACUGCUGUGCCUGCGGUGCCCUCAUGAGGCCCCUUUUGCCAGCAAAACAACACGGCAUGCUGGAGGAUGGCAAUAUCGCAGCCAUAGACAAGGAAAAGAAGUCCCAACCCAAGAAGAAACUGCUAGACUUCAGUGUGUUCAAAGACAGAGGAUUUGUCAUUUAUACUAUUGCCGCCUCCAUUAUGGUGCUGGGCUUGUUUGUGCCGCCUGUGUUCGUGGUAAACUAUGCUAAAGGACUCGGCUAUGAGGAUACGGCUUCUGCUCUGCUGCUCACCAUCUUGGGAUUCGUAGACAUGUUCGCCCGCCCCCUGUCGGGAAUCGUCGCAGGCCUGAAGUGGGUACGGCCAAGGUGUGUCUACCUGUUCAGCUUUGCUAUGCUCUUCAACGGAUGCACCGAUCUCAUUUGCUCACAGGCAAACACGUAUACAGGUCUGGUGGUCUUCUGCAUCUUUUUUGGCAUAUCGUACGGCAUGGUGGGAGCACUACAAUUCGAGGUCCUGAUGGCAAUCGUGGGGACAGAAAGGUUUUCUAGUGCUAUUGGUCUUGUGCUGCUGAUGGAAGCGAUGGCUGUGCUCGUGGGACCUCCUGGAGCAGGUCGCCUCUUGGAUUUUACACACCAGUACAAGUACGUAUUCCUGCUGGCGGGCUGCGAAGUCACGCUGUCAGCCAUUGUGAUUGCCGUGGGAAACUUCCUAUGCAUCAAAACUGGACAGGAAGAUCCUGCUCCACUGGAAAUGGCGGCGACUGCUGCGAAGGAGGAGGGCCUCAGCAAGGAGACAAUUGAAGGCGAACAGGGGGAAGAGGGAGUCGGCCAGUUGCCUUUGCAAGGGGACGUGAAGGAGUAAGGUGGUUGGGGUGGGGGAAGAUGGAGAAAGAAUGUCAGGUAAUAAGUAUUGGGGCGUGAAGACAUGAUGAGGACGACAAGAGACAUAAGGUUAAUGAAGCGUACAUGUAUUAAAUACUUUCAUAUUGCUUAGGAGGAAAGUAGGAAUUGUUGUUGACUUAAACCACUGCAGUCACUUUAGUUUGAAUGCUUUUUACUGCUGCCGACAUCACUUCAGGAACAUCAUUAUUUUCUUCCGAUCUAUUCCAAUUAAUCGUUUUACUUAAAAAAAAAAUCAAUUUAACAUUUCACAGCCCAGAACCUCAAACUAACCAGUCUUGUGUAAAGUAAUCAACCAACCAAAAAGUGAUAUGAAAAUACCUUCCGGGUAAAUUUUGUUGUCACAAAAUGACUCCCGUAAAAAUCUGAAAGUACUGUAGCUGCUAUUAGGGAUGUGAAUCUUAUGACAACUCAUGCUUCGAUUCGAUUCCUGCGGCGAUUAUUCUAUUCAGAAUUGAUUCCGGUUUCUCUGAAUAUAUUAUUUGGUAUAAAAAUUAUCAUAUUUCCAUAACAGGUUGUAGGUUUCUGCUGGGAACGUCUAGCAGAGUCUCCCUUCAGAGAGAGUUUCAAUUCCCGCCUCCACGCUAGACAUUCAGUCCGAGUGGACCGUGUUCCGUGCCUCUAUUGUCGGAGUGGCCAAUGGGAGCUGUGGCCGCAAGGUGGUCGGUGUCUGUUGUGGCGGUAAUCCCAGAACUGGUGAGGGAUGCAGUCAAGCUGAGGGAGUCCUGUCGAAUCCUUGUGGCUUAUGGGACCCCGGAGGCAGCGGACAAGUACCAACGACAGAAUAAGCGGCGCACGGAUUUGGGGGUUCGCAGAGGCAAAAACCUGGACAUGGGAGGAGUUAAAUGAAGCCAUGGAAAAUUACUUCUGGAUGUUUUUAAGGGAUUGUGGACCACCAUCUGCCGCCUCCGGAGGGGUGAGCAUUGCAGUGUCAACACCGUGUUGUAUGGUGUGCUGUUGACCUCCUUGCUGAAUGUUGUGGAUCGGUGGAGGGAAUACUUUGAAGACCUCUCCAAUCCCACCUACACGUUUUCCUAUGAGGAAGCAGUGCCUGGCGAAUCUAUGAUGGGAUCUCCUAUUUCUGGGGUUGAGGAUGCCGAGGUAGUUAAAGGCUCAUCGGUUGCAGGGCCCCCGGGUUGGAAGAGAACCACCCAGAGUUUCUUAAGGGUCUGGAUGCUGUGGGGCUUUCAUGGUUGACAAGACUCUGCAACAUUACGUGAACAUCAGGGGCGGUGCCUCCGGAUUGGCAAACCAGGGUGGUGGUUCCUCUUUUUAAGAAGGGGAACCGAAGUGUGGGUUCUAACUAUCGUGGAAUUACACUUUUCAGCUUUCCCGGAAAGGUCUAUUCAGGUGUACAAAGGGGAGGCUACACCGGAGAGUUGUGUUUUGUGGACUUGGAGAAGGCAUUCGAUCCUGUCCCUCGGGAAGUCCUGUCGGGAGCGCUCACAGAGUAUGAGGUAUUGAACCGCCUAAUUGUGCCGGUCCGCUCCAUGUAUCAUCAGUGUUGGAGCUUGGUCUGCACUGCUGGCAGUAAGCCAGACCCUUUUCCUGUGAGGGUUGGACUCCGCCAGGGUUGGACUCCGCCAGGGUUGCCCUUUUUUCACUGAUUCCAUUUACAAAUUUUGUGGACAGAUUUUAUAGGCGCAGUCAGGGCAAAGAGGAGAUCCAGUUUGGUGGAUGUAGGAUCAGGUCUCUGCUUUUUGCUGAUGAUGUGGUCUUAGUGGCUUCAUCUGGCCAGGAUCUUCAGCUCUCACUGGAUCCGUUCGCAGGUUAGUGUAAAGCGCCUGGGAUGAGAACCAGCACUUCGAAGUCCGAGUUGAUAAUUCCUGCCCGGAAAAGGGUGGAGUGUAAUCUCCGGAUUGGGGAGAAGAUCCUUCCCCAAGUGGAGGAGUUCAAGUAGCUUGGAGUCUUGUUCACGAGUGAGGGAAGAGUUGAUCGUGAGAUCAACAGGCGGAUCGGUGCGGCGUGUUCAGUAAUGUGGACAAUGCAUUGAUUCGUUGUGGUGAAGAAGGAGCUGAGCCGGAAGGCAAAGCUCUGAAUUUACCGGUCGAUCUACAUCCCCAACCUCACCUAUGGUCAUAAGCUUUGGGUUAUGACCAAAAAGAUUAGAUCACGGGUAUAAGAGGUCAAAAUGAGUUUCUUCCGUUGAGUGGCGGGGCUCUACCUUAGAAAUAGGGUGAGAAGCUCUGUCAUCCUUGAGGAGCUCAACGUAAAGCUGCUGCUCCUCCACAUGGAGAGGAGCCAGAUGAGGUGGUUUGGGUAUUUGGUCAGAAUGCCCUCAGGACGUCUCGCUGGGAGGUGUUUAGGGCGGGUCUGACCGGUAACAGACCACGGGGAAGACCCAAGACACGUUGGAGAGACUAUGUCUCCCAGCCGGCCUGGGAACACCUCGGAAUCCCCCGGGAGAAGCUGGAUGAAGUAGCUGAGGAGAGGGAAGUCUGUAACCUGACUCUUGCCAGAUCCUUGUAGUUCGCUGAGCUCCACACAAGGAUCUGGGCUCAAGGUCAUUGCUAACUCCUUCAAGUUCGCAAAAAAUAAUGAACCAAUCAGGAUCGCCAGACGGGAUUUCAUAGAUGUGAGGUAGCGCUGAAGCGACUGUUUGAUUCAAACAACAAUGGCGGCACGCAACGAGGAGUCGUGUGCUGACAUUGAUUCUGCUAUUGCAAUUGUUUUGUCGAAUAAUAAUUAUUUAAAAGAUAAACAGAGAACUUUCUGCUCUGUUGUCAUCCAAUGUGUCGGCUGUUCUGUUUUGGAUUUCCCAGCGUCGCUCUCAUCAGCAUCAUGGGUUGAUUUGGAUAUGAGUGGUAGAAGUAGCACGUCAUUCAAGAUAACAGACAAAUGGUUUAUCCAAUCACAUACAAUGAUUUUUUUUUACAAGGCCCCGCCUUCUGAAAUACAUCUCCUAUUGAGAAGUCCCAGAUCCUUGUGUGGAACUCAGCAAACUACAAGAAUGUGGCGAGAGUCAGGUUAGGAAGUCUGGGCUACUCUGCUUAGGCUGCUGCCUCCUUCAUGACCGAACCUCAGAUAAGCAUAAGAAGGAAGAUGGAUGGAUGGAUGGAUGGAUGGAUGGAUGGAUAGGUGUAGGGUACAAAAUAUCUUCUUGCCUGCUGACGUGAAAUAUACGAGCACUGAAAAAGCUGGCCUAAAAAAUAUAUUUAAAAAAAUAUAUAUUAGCAAUUUUUGAAAAUUAGGAAUCGAUUUUGAAUCUCAAUAAAUGAGAAUUGCAAUUUUGAUGUCAAUCUAAUUUUUUUAAGCACAAUUUUUUUUUAAAACAAAAGUUUAUUUAUGUCUAUGCCAAAAUUAAAUGCAAAAUAUACCUGUCACAUAAAAAGUACUUCCAUUUAGCGGUCCUAACUUGGAGUUAACAUCUAUGUGUAACAGCUAUAUGACUAUUGCUCAGUCAGCAAAACCAUUUAGUUCAGGGGUCUCAAACUGGAGGCCUGCAGGGCCAUAUUUUGUGGCCCUUGACUUAACUUUGUUGUUCAGCGUCGUUCCAGCUCGUGCACUCAAUAGUUAUAUAUAUAUAUAUAUAUUGUGGCAAUAUUGUAUCCCACUAAACACUACAAAGACCAGCGUGCAGGUUUUACCAGGUUUUUAUUGCUCAUAUGUUUUUAUACAAAGUUUUCUCUCUCAGAACGUGACUUUUCAGUCACGUUCAUAUCCUCUCUCCUCAUUUGCUCCCGGCCGCUUACUGUUAAAGACAACAGAUGAUUAGAUUAACACGUGCCACCUGUGAAAUCUAAUCACCUGCCAGCUGUGUCUCGCCGUCAGAACGUGCCCCGCCCCUGCCCGAUGGUGCUCGUCCUCAGCACCCUGAACAGCGGUGGUGACUUUUGCUCCUACAGACAGCGCUGCCUACAGCUCACACUACACAAGUAUUGGGCAUCACAAAGAGCAACCUGCACUAAGCAAGCUAAAAUGUCUAUGUCAAAAUAUAUCAUUUGUACCUUAGAAGUAGAAGUCCUUAACAAAUGUAGUCAAGUGGUUAAAAAGUGAUUCUAAAGUGAAUACUCGAUGCAGCCCAACCUCACUCAGACUUACUUCAGCGGCCUCGCAGGUCAAAUUGAGUUUGAGACCCCUGAUUGAGCCAAAUAAAAAAGUUGUUGUUGUUGUCUGAGUAACUGCGCGUAAACCUGUUAAUGCUGCAAACCAGGUCAUAACUUUCUGUUCCUCACGGACAACCAAUCAUGCACCUUCUUCUUUUUUGGAUUGAUUGCCGUGCAACAUCAGUGUUCCUUGCUGCCAUUGGCUGCCAAAAAAUACAUGAAAAAUAUCGACGAAGCUCAUCAGUAAUAUUUCAAAGUAAAAUAUAAAUGUUAUUUUGAGUAUACAGUAUUGUCAAGUAAAAGUCGAGCCCAACAGAAGAAGUAAAGGAGAAAAAAAUUAAUGGGAAACCACAUACGUGUUAUUUAUUAUGCAUUCCAACUCAAUUAAACGCCAAAUGAAAGUCAGCUAACAACGGAAGUAAUGGGUUUUUCGCGCCUAUAAAGUGCUCUAAAAAACCUCCAAAAACCUCCAUCAAUGUUCUAUAUGCACAUUGUAAGUAUAUAUGUAAUGUAGUAUCUGUCACAUUCACAAUAACAUGUCAUCUUCACGUAUUUUGCUCAUUUUUAGCAUACAGAGGUGCAUUAGUUUCCUUCAACAAUAACUAAUAUAACUAAUCAUGACAGACUUCACACGAGACGAGGCUAUGCCCCCUACUCUUCAGGGUGCAGCCUCCGGUCUUCAGGCCAGGGUCUUCUAAAGAUCCCAAAAACUUGUUUUAAAACUGGUGGAGACCUGGCAAUCCAGGCUAUAGCUCCCAAACUCUGCAACAAUUUGCACCAGUCUCUUUGUGAUCUUGACUGUGUUGAAACUUUUAAGAAACAUUUAAAAAAACUUCUCUUUUUAGUAAAGCUUUUAGUUAAUGCACCUUUUAACUAUCUUUUUUAAUCCACUUUGUAUCAUUUUCAUGAUGUUGCCCCUGUUGUUUUAAUUGAAUUGUUGUUUUACUUCACCUAUGUUUUGUGCAACGCUUUGUGAUUUUAUCUGUGAGAAGCGCUUUAUAAAUAAAAUGUACUUACUUGCUUUCAACAAUGAUUUCUACGGAACAGAUAGAUGGACGGAACUUUAUUUUCAUUGCUCUUAAAAAGUACAAUGAAAUUAAAUUUCUAGUACAAACUGGGGUCGUUUCAAAGAAAAAGGAAAAAAAAAAGGUGGGCGUAAACAAAUGUCUUUUUGUGUCAUUCUCACCAUCUACAGGUCCAACUUUAACAUCAAUGUUGACAGAUCUCUCGAUUUAUGGCCACAACCUUCAAUUAUACAUCCAUCCAUCCAUUUUCUACCGCUUAUUCCCUUUUUUUGGGUCACGGGGGGCGCUGGCGCCUAUCUCAGCUACAAUCGGGCGGAAGGCGGGGUACACCCUGGACAAGUCGCCACCUCAUCGCAGGGCCAACACAGAUAGACAGACAACAUUCACACUCACAUUCACACACUAGGGCCAAUUUAGUGUUGCCAAUCAACCUAUCCCCAGGUGCAUGUCUUUGGAAGUGGGAGGAAGCCGGAGUACCCGGAGGGAACCCACGCAUUCACGGGGAGAACAUUCAAACUCCACACAGAAAGAUCCCGAGCCUGGAUUUGAACCCAGGACUGCAGGACCUUCGUAUUGUGAGGCAGACGCAUUAACCCUUCUGCCACCGUGAAGCCCUUCAAUUAUACAAGUGAUUUAUAAUCUAGAAUUAAUUUUCGCCAACUCCAGUGUGUCAAUUGCAGCUUCCGCCGCAAAAAAGUAUAGUUCCUCAGCGUUUGUGCUUAUAACAAUAUCACUAAUACUUUUAAUUAACUAUUAUUCAGGUUAGAGCAGUGGUUCUCAAAUCUACCGUCCAAAGGCAAAACCCAAUAACUCAAUUUUGGUCAAAACUGAGCUGAUAAUAAUUUUGGAGUUCCUAGGUGAUAUGCUUUACAUUAGUGUAUGCGAUAUUGUAAUUUGUUCCAUAAGUAAGCUGUUACGCGCAUGGCAGGACCUAGCAACUACCACAUAACCGCGUAGAUACAACAGAAAAACCUAGUAUCUCAAGGGACCAAUCGGAGCUUCUUUGUCAGUCGCCUUAUUGUCUUUAAAGAGACAUUUGCACGAAUGGGGGCCGACGGUCAACCUGAUUAUGUGAUAUUAUGGCACGAGGGGAUAUUUGUAAGAUUGGCCCAGGACGUUGCAAGCACCUUCAUUAAAUGUAUUGUUCUUGAUUCUUCCCCUUGCAUACACUUUUGGCCGGAUAACUGUGGAGGUCCAAAUAAAAACUGGACGCUGUACACGGCUCUUGCCCAAUGUGCAAACGCAGAAUGGGGCCCACCCGAGAUUGUGAUAAAAUAUCUGGAGAAAGGGCACACGUUCAUGAGGGCAGAUUCAAUCCAUGGCUCAAUCGGCAAGAAAUUGAAAGCUUGAGAAAACAUCUACACGUUUGAUGACUUUGUAGAUCUUUGUAAGACAGCAUCAAGAUAGAUUGGUUUUCCUUUGUUUUCUCAAAAUCAGCUAGAAGUGAGUUACUAGGUUUUGCCUUUGGACGGGAGAUAUGGGGGUACGCGUACCCCUGGGGGGUACUUGAAGGUAUGCCAAGGGGUACGUGAGAUUUUUUUUUUAAAAUAGCAACAAUUCAAAAAUCCUUUAUACAUAUAUUUAUUGAAUAAUACUUCAACAAAAUAUGAAUGUAAGUUCAUAAACUGUGAAAAGAAAUGCAACAAUGCAAUAUUCAGUGUUGACAGAUAGAUUUUUUGUGGACAUGUUCCAUAAAUAUUGAUGUUAAAGAUUGAAGAAAUGUUUAGAAUUAAGUUCAUGAAUCCAGAUUGAUCUCUAUUACAAUCCCCAAAGAGGGCACUUUAAGUUGAUGAUUACUUCUAAGUGUAGAAAUUUUUAUUUAUAAUUGAAUCACUUGUUUAUUUUUCAACAAGUAUUUAGUUAUUUUUUCCCCUAAAUAGUCCAAGAAAGACCACUACAAAUGAGCAAUAUUUUGCACUGUUAUACAAUUUAAUAAAUCAGAAACUGAUGACA